AUGUCCCGCUUCAUUCUUUUUGGAACUGCUCUUCUGGCUUCUCAGGUUGCCGCCCAUGGCUACUUGAACACCUUUACUUUGGAUGGUGUCGACUACGCUGGCUAUAGCCGCUGGAACCCUUCCCCUGAUGCUAUCGGAUGGAGCUUCUCAACUCCCGAUGAGGGCCCCGAGAUGGACAUCUUUAGCCCUGACUUUGUCUGUCGUCGGGAAUCUCAGGCUGCCAAGAACUAUGGAAAGGUCGCGGCCGGCGGUUCUGCCUCCUUCUUCUGGACCUCGGAUGACAAGCAAACCAACCCUAACGGCUGGGCUGAGUCGCAUCGGGGACCCGUCAUCACAUACAUCGCUCCUUGCAACGGCGACUGCGCGUCUGUGGACAAAACCCAGUUGAAGUGGACCAAGAUUGCUGAGGAAGGCGUCGUGUCUGGUCCCGCGAACGCCGGGGGCACCUGGGCUACCGACAAGCUUCGCCAGAAUGGCGGCGUCAACUCUGCCACUAUCCCAGCGUCUAUUGCCCCCGGCAAGUACGUCAUUCGAAACGAACUCAUUGCUCUUCAUCGUGCCCAUCUCAACGAGCCCGAGUUCUAUAUGCAGUGCGGCAACAUCGAGGUGACCGGAUCUGGAACAGAUGAUCUCUCUGGAUCUGGUGUUGUUGCCUCUCAGCUUUACAGCACUUCUGAUUCACAAAUCUUUGGCUUCUCCAUCUAUGACAACCAGGGUUCGACUUGGACUAUCCCUGGCCCCCCUCUGUACACUGGUGCUCAGGCUGCGGCCCAGGUCAAGCCCGCAGCCAGGUUCCGGGCUGCAGUGAGAUUCCGGGCGUAG